AUGGCUAUGACAGGCCCUGAUGCAGUCGUAGACUUCCAGAACUACCUCCAGAAAUCUAACAGAGUAAUGUGCUUGUUAGGUGCUGGUCUAUCUGCCGCCUCUGGAUUACCGACGUUCCGUGGAGCAGGUGGUCUCUGGAGAUCGCAUGACGCGGUCUCUCUGGCUACGCCUGAAGCAUUCGCUCUAGAUCCUGCUCUGGUGUGGCGAUUCUACUGUUACCGACGCAAAAUGGCACUGAGCGUCCAGCCAAAUGCAGCCCACUUUGCUCUAGCAGAACUGGCUCGCCGCAUGCCAGGCUUCAUCGCUCUCUCGCAAAACGUCGAUCAUUUGAGCCCAAGAGCAGGCCACCCUCGAGAGAAUUUGCAUCUCCUCCAUGGGACAUUGUUCGAGGUAAAGUGUAACGACUAUAGAUGUGGUUAUGUUGCAGAAAACUUCGAUGAGCCCAUCUCUCCGGCGCUGUAUAUUCCCGAUGGCCAAGAUCCUACAUCGACGGAGGCGCGAGCACGAGAUAUCAGUGAUGCAGCAGUACCACUGCCCGAAAUUGCUUUGGAAGAUUUACCUCAUUGCCCCAAGUGCAGAAAGCAUCUGUUACGGCCCAACGUGGUGUGGUUCGGCGAGCCACUUCCAGGCCAGGUGUUGAAUGCUAUCGAUCAAUACCUUGAAGAUGGGCAGAAAGUCGAUUUGAUCAUGGUAAUUGGCACCGCGGCAGUGGUAUACCCUGCGGCCGGCUACAUCCCACUCGCUCGAGAAAAGGGUGCUCGAGUGUGCGUGGUCAACACAGACCCGAACGACUCGCCGCCAGACUGCUGGCAGGAGGGAGAUUGGUUCUUCCAAGGUGAUGCUGCACAAUUUGUGCCGCUCCUGCUGAAGUCGGUGAUCGGAACGCUGCCUCCAGCGACGCCAACAUGA